GACGAGAGGUGGGCGGGGCGAGUAAGCGUAGUGACGCAAUUUGUGUGCGCGGCGAGCGGCCCAGCGGAGCCGAGACCGGGGACCCACCUCAGCUAGUUGACGGUGGACUUAGCGGCUACAUGGAGGCGACAGAUUCCAAUGUUCCGUGUUGUUCCUUGCUGGGAUUAAAUGCAGGCUGUUUCUUUAUUUCUGCUCUCUAUGAAGCCUAGUGGUGAGCUACAGUACGGUGACAAUUGACAGAUUGUUCAUCUGUGAAGUUCCACCCGAGAAACAAUGGAGCUGUUUAAUGUAACCAGGGACAUCAUCCAACGGCAGAUAAAGGAGCGGAACACUCUGCAGUUUGAGCGUCGAUACCAUGUCAUUGAUCCGUUCAUCAAGCGAUUGGGCCUGGAGUGUGAGCUUGAGGGUCACUCUGGCUGCGUGAACUGUCUGGAAUGGAAUGAAAAGGGCGAUUUGCUGGCCUCUGGAUCAGAUGAUCAGCACAUCAUUCUGUGGGAUCCUUUUAGCUGCAAGAAACUGCUGACUAUGCAUACUGGGCACACUGCUAAUAUAUUCACAGUGAAGUUCCUUCCUCACUCGAAUGAUCGCACACUGAUUACCGGGGCUGCUGAUUCCAAGGUGCAUGUCCACGACUUGAAUGUUAAGGAAACUAUUCAUAUGUUUGGCGAGCACACCAAUCGUGUGAAGCGAAUUGCAGCAGCUCCCAUGUGGCCCAACACGUUCUGGAGUGCAGCAGAAGACGGAACAGUGAGACAGUAUGAUCUAAGGGAGAGCAGCAAGCGCUCGCAGAUAUUGGUGGAUCUCACGGAAUACUGCGGACAACAUGUGGAGGCCAAGUGCCUGGCCAUUAAUCCUCAAAACAACAACUAUCUGGCUGUCGGGGCAAGUGGGCCCUUUGUGCGUGUCUAUGACGUUCGCAUGAUUCACAAUCACAGAAAAGCAGUAAAACCGAGCUCAGCGCCUGGAGUGCAAACAUUCUGUGACAGGUACAAAUCUGUGCCAGAUGGAGCUGUUCAGUAUUAUGUAGCAGGUCACCUGCCGGUAAAACAACCGGAUUAUAAUAAUCGACUUCGCGUGCUCGUGGCCACGUAUGUGGCCUUCAAUCCUGAUGGAACUGAGCUCCUGGUCAACAUGGGAGGAGAGCAGGUUUAUUUGUUUGAUCUAACGAAUAAGCAAAAGCCCUACACAUUCUUGCUGCCCAAGAAGUGCCACUCCAAUGAGUUACAGAAUGGAAAAUCAAUGGCUAAUGGAGUUACAAAUGGAAUCCACCUUCACAGUAAUGGCUUCAGGCUAUCAGAGGCAUGGCCACAAAGUAGUGUUCCCUCUGAAUUGUCACCAUAUUUAGAGAGGCUGAAACAACAAGCAAACGAUGCCUUCUCUCUGCAACAAUGGACACAGGCUAUUCAGCUUUAUAGCAAGGCCAUUCAGCAAGCAGCCCGAAACCCCAUGCUUUAUGGUAACAGAGCCGCAGCCUUCAUGAAGCGCAAAUGGGAUGGAGACCAUUACGAUGCUCUCAGAGACUGUCUGAAAGCAAUUUCUUUGAAUCCCUCCCACCUGAAGGCCCAUUUCCGCCUGGCACGGUGUUUGUUUGAGUUGAAGUAUGUUGCUGAGGCUUUGGAGUGCCUUGAUGACUUUAAGGGCCGUUUUCCUGAACAAGCCCAUAGCAGUGCCUGUGAUGCACUAGACCGAGACAUCAAGGCAGUGCUCUUUGCAAAGACUGAUAAUUCUGAUGAGAAAAAGACAGGAUCUACAACACCAAUCCGCAUCCGAUCAAGUGGCAGGAAAGAUUCCAUCUCUGAUGAUGAGGUGAUUCUGAGAGAGCGAGGUUAUGACUACAAGUCACGCUAUUGUGGCCACUGUAAUACCACCACUGACAUAAAAGAAGCCAACUUUUUUGGAAGUAAUGGUCAGUACAUUGUCAGUGGUUCCGACGAUGGAUCCUUUUUCAUCUGGGAGAAAGAGACGACAAACCUUGUUCGUGUUCUACAGGGUGAUGAGUCGAUUGUGAACUGUCUGCAACCACACCCAAGGCACUGCUUCCUCGCAACAAGCGGCAUUGAUCCUGUGGUUCGUCUCUGGAGUCCAAGACCAGAGAGUGAUGAUCAAAAUGAGAGAGUAAUUGAGGACAUGGAAGGGGCUUCACAGGCAAACCAACGGCGAAUGAAUGCAGACCCCCUAGAAGUAAUGCUUUUAAACAUGGGAUACAGGAUCACUGGACUGACCAACAGUGGGAUGGCCUCGGAUGAUGAGGAAAACACUGAAGGCCAGGUGCAGUGCCGGCCAAGUUAAGAAGCAAUGUGAAAAAUAGCGUACUUGGGACAGACCGGCAAACAACCAUCUGUUUAGUGUCUGUGGCUGAAACACUACACUGUCCUCAGCUACGCAUAAGCCAUGUUCAAGAAGCAAUGAUAGGGUUUACAUCCUUUCCAACGUCUAUCUCACUCUCAUAUGGAUGUACCCUAUACCAGUCUGCAGAAGCUUCAGCGAUGUUGCAGCCCUAUAGUGAACAGCUGACCGGGUCAGACCUGACCUGAGACACAGAGGAGACAAAAUUGUUUCUGGUGACUGAGAAAGACACGUUUGAUAAGCAGAACCUUUUGUAAAUUGUUUAGAUGCUGCUUUCAGUUUGUAUAAAUGCUUCUUCUAUCACAUUCAGUCCCUUUGUGGUGACAGUCCAUCAACAACAAACAGACAGUAAUACUGUGGUCAAGCAAACUCCUUUAACAGACCUGGGGUCAACAGUUUAAGUCAAUAUUUCCUGUUGCAGUUUUAAAUUUGGAUGUAGAGUGUUUCUGUCCUUGAUCGGGUCCUUGUAUAACAUACUUAUGGCCCUUAUUCCACCUCUGCCCAGUCAUAGUAUGCACAAGAUGUGAAACUAGACAUGUCCAAACAAUGGAAUCUUGAUGCACCGUCUGUGCUGAUGUAAGAUCGUGAGAAGCAUCCAUUAAUAUUCGCUAUGAGAUUGACAUUGACCAUGGUAAUGUAUGGGGUCUGGUUUGGAAAUACCUCGGCAUCAGCAUGUAAACAAUCUGGAUGGGUCUUGCCCCACAUACAUCACACACAUUUGGUCAGUUCAUUACACUGCCAACUCUCACUUACCUUGGUCCACUUCCAUAGCACCCACUUCCCUCUUCUCAAACCCCCCCCAACACUCGCCGCUCUCCUGUCCCUAAACCCCAUUCAUCUUCACUCCCAUCUCCCUGCCCUCAUGUACUCCGUUGAUUCUCCACUUCCUGGCUGUUUGCUUCACCGCUUCUCCUUCAGCACUGAUUGCAUGACAACCAUCUGCUUUCCAGGACUUGGAAUGCCCAGUGUUCCCUCAUUGGAAUCCUCCUUAAGAUUGUGUUGCAGAUUCAAAUCUCAGUCCAUUCAGGAGCUUGAGUUAAUGUCAUCUUUGAGUAAAGGUUAGCGAGAAUAUGCGAUGUGGACUUCUAUAUUUUUUGCUGCCUGCGCCAUUGGAUAAAUUGGUGCAACGUAUGUGCUUUUAAGUAUUGUUACCAGCUUUGCAUAAAUGCAGCAUUGUUGAUGAUGGAGCUGUAAGGUGUGAAUUCAGAGAUCUCAUUCUAAUUUUUAAUCUUCCUCUGAGAUUGGGUAUUUGAUUGGAAGUUAGUUAUAGGUUGUGAUAGAGGAGAAAGUUUUGCCUUGGGUGAAGUCGUGGUUGAUAUGCUGGCAAGUGCAUGACUGGAGAAAGCAGCAGGCUAACACAGAGCCAUUAAAUGGAAUACUUGACAAGCCUGUGGAUUUGGUUAGCAAACUAUCCUUCCACGUCUGAGACUAGUGUUGAGAUUUAACCCUGAGAAAACAUCUCUCAGUGAGAGUUACCACAAGUGGUUUCUCUUGAACUGAAUGAACAUUUUGCACACAAAACAAAUUAUUUUAGGCAUAAAGAUGGCAGAUGUGGAAAUUUUAAUAUGUUAGACAUGACAAGUCACUAUAUUUUGGUGUAGAUUUCUCAGGUACAAAGACACUUUUCAGUGGGUAUAUGGUGGAAGACACAAUACAUUAUACUCCCACUGUGAUCAGAUUCCUUCUGCCAGUAUUUGCUGCCAGUGAAUGCGCUGUUUUAUUUACUUACCCCCAUCAAUUUCUGAACAAGCAAAUUCAUCACACAUUGAAGCUGUUUUGCUCAAAGGCAAGUCUUGUCAGAUUCCACGUAAUGCUCACAUUAAUGCUCACAUAAUGCUGGAUUGGAAACAGGUUCACUUCGCCACGGCAUCACACAUUCAUCAAUUUACUCUGAAGGUCACUAAUUUGCUGCUUUCAGGAGGGUGGAUGGAAUUAUUGGUUCCAAUCCUCAAAAUUGGGUCAGAAACCUCAUUGCACGAUGAAACGGAAUGUAAUUGGUUUAGUCACUGAUUACUUGCAAUUACUGCCCCAGUAAUUACUUUUCUGGUUAAUUGCUCAUUUAAACUACAUAGCGAUCAAAUACAGAGGGUGAGGUGCUUCAUUAUAUGCUUCUUGAGGUGCUCUGUAGGAGCUGCAGGGUUAAGCUCAACCAAGAGGAGCCCCAUAGCUCAGUGAGGAGCUGGUGUGAUUGAGAUGCUGCCAGAAUCCAUAGUUAAAUACCAGCUGCUCCCACUCUCAGCCAUUCUAUACGUGACUGCAUUGCUGAAUUGUUAAUAGUUAAGUAUAAUUUAGGUUAUGAUGUGGUUAUGAAUCAGAAUUUUUCUGUAUAAAAUCCUGCCUGAGUCUUUUGACGGAGAUUGUUGCUCAUUUGCAGUUGCUUGAGAGCCUUGAUCCGAAGCUGCAGCCUACAGUAGGGUCAGUCAGUACAAUCUAUUAAUGGUGGCAGUGGGAUUAUCUUCAGAUGGGUUAUUGGCUGAGACAUUGUGGUGAGAUUAAUGGGUCAGUAAUUGCAUCCACAGCAACCCAAAGGUUUGGUGCCAACUGUAUGUUUAAACCUCACAGUUUGUUGCUCCUGUUCUUGUCUGUGUUUUGAUGAUGAAUUGCCCGUGGGAAGCUGCUAACUGUAAAAUUAAAUUGUUACUCCACAGUUGAGGUUUGCCAGCAUUAAAUGGCCAAUUUAGCAGA